AUGUUGAAGACGCUGGAUGCGUCCUGCAAGGCCUCGACGGUGAGCGAGGUCAUGCAAGAGGUCCGCGGCUUCUUUACUUUGGGUCACCUGCUCUAUGCGUACGCGUACUUGCGGAUGCUUCACUACAAGGAUCCCAACCUGUACUACGCAGCUCUGUGGCACGAUCCGGCCUUUCUCCUGCCGAUUGUGUACACACCUACAGUUGGUGAAGCGUGCCAGAAGUUUGGCCUGCUUCCCUUCUUCCCCCGCGGCUGCUAUGUCUCAAUAUGCGACUGCGGCAAGGUAAAGGAAGUGCUGCUAGAAUACGCAGAAGCCAUGCUCACAAAGGAUGAGAAUGGCAAGUUUGAGUGCCAGUGCAUAGUCUUCUCGGAUGCAGGGCGCAUCCUUGGUUUGGGAGACCUCGGCUGUUGGGGGAUGGGCAUUCCGAUUGGAAAGCUGGAUCUCUACACAGUCUGUGCCGGCUUCAACCCGUACAAGACGGUGCCGGUCAUUAUCGAUUCAGGAUGCACUGACGCAAGUGGCAAUUCAGCCAAACUUACAAUCCGAGACCAUGAGCUGUACACAGGAUUGAAGCAGGAUCGAAUGAAGCACGAGGAUGCACAAGGUGCCGAAGUGAAUACUGCUUACUACGGGCCUUGCUCCCUCAUCGGCGAGUUCAUGGCUGCAGCAGCAGACAUCUUCAGCCGAAAGUGUUUGCUUCAGUUCGAAGACUUCAAUACAAACGAUGCCUUCCCGCUGCUGGAGGAGUACCGGCACAAGUUCCUGAGCUACAAUGACGACAUCCAGGGCACUGCGGCUGUUGUUGUAGCGGCGGUGCUGGGUGGAAUCCGGCUUCAGAAGCCAGGUUGCAAGGAGCUGAUCAAGGAGCUCAGAAAGACACGCGUGCUUUUCCAUGGAGCCGGCUCCGCGAACUUGGGAAGUGCGAUGUUGCUUCGGAGCGAAGCAGGAGUGCCCGCAGAGUCGAUCCUCUGCACGAACUCCAAAGGCGUCAUCUGGAAGUCAGAGAAUGGAGCGAAGGGAAACUUCAAGAACUUUGAGCAGAAGGCUGCCGCCGCCAUCGGAGAGCCAAGUGGUUACGAUUUCACGAACCUCAUUGAAGUCAUCAAGCAUCACAAGCCCGAUGUCCUCAUUGGGGCAGUUGGUCGGGCACCCAACUGCUUCAACAAAGAAGUCGUCGAAGCCAUGCUGGAAGUUCAAAAGAACAAGCCUGGAGGCGGAGGACGGCCCAUCAUUUUCGCUCUCUCUAACCCCAUGACCCAAGCAGAGCUCACAGCAGUGGAUUGCUACAAGUUCUCCGACGGUCAAGCAAUUUUCGGCUCUGGCACCCGUUUUCCACCAGUGGAUUUCAAGGGCAGGAUGCGAAUACCCGGCCAAGUGAACAACUUCUUCAUCUUCCCGGGCAUGUCUUUUGGAGCCUACUGGUGUGAGGCGAAGAAGAUUCCAGACAAAUGGUUCAUGGUCGCGGCAAUCACCGUGGCACAGUCCCUCGAUGACAAGGACAUGGAGGCCGAGUCUGUGCUGCCACAUCCUUCUCGCAUUCAGCAAGUCAGCCACAAUGUGGCGGUUAAAGUCGCUAUGGCCGCGCAACGUGACGGCUUGGCGCAGCACCCCUUGGGUGAUGACAUCACCGGAGUCAGCACUGCACUGAAGGUGCGCCGAUGGGCGCCGCUUCGCGUGCCUGAGGGAGUCAAGGUGAUGGACAUCUGCCUUGGGUCCUUAGUCACUCCCCGGAACAUCAAGGAUGUUGUCGCACUCCUCAAAAAGGAGGUGAUCAAGACGCUGGGUUAUGAGGCCUCCAACACCGAAGGCAACCUGGAGUACCGGCGGCUGCUCAUCAGAGCACUGCAUGCAUGCACAGGGCAAUACCCUGAUCAAGCUCAGAGCGUGAUGUUCCUUUUGAUGGACUUCUUGACCGAGUCUGACCAGAUGACGGCCACCGAAGUAGUCAUGUUCCUUCGUGAGUUGAUCGCGAACUACACAGAAAUGCGGCUGCCGAUUCUGCAGCGCCUUGCCGAGUGCAUUGCCGACGUCUCGCAGUCGCGUGUCCUGCGAGGUUGUCUCUGGCUGUUCGGCGAGUACUGCGAAGAUGAAGCCCUUAUUGAGAAUGUCAUCCAGGGUGUGCUUGCGGCGGUCAGGCCGCUGCCCCUUGUCCUGGAAGAUUCAUCGAAAGACAAGAAGGACUCCAGCAACAGCGAGAAGAAACAGCAGGAGAAGAAGCCGCCGAAAAUCACCACCAAAACAGUAGUGUUGGCGGAUGGCACGUACGGCACUCAGAAUGUCUACGAAGGAGGCGAAGGAGAAGAGGAAGAGGCUCCUGAGGAGAAAGCGAAGACUGAGUCCAAGAAGACGGCCUUCCGGACAUUGCUGCUUGGUGGCGACUUCCUCCUCUCCGCCAUGGUAGGUGUGUCGAUGACAAAGCUGUGCAUGAAGCUGAAGAAGCUGCCUGUCGGGGUUCGCAACGAGGUGCUGUUGGUCAUUGCGAACCUUUUCAAGCUCGUGAAGCAGCAUGCUUGUGGUGGCGAGAAGUGCGACAGUGCUGUUCGACUCAGUCAAUGCAUCCGAGCGUUUGCGGUGCUCGGCAACUCGCAGCUCUCGGACUCGCAGCGUGCAGCUGCACAGCUAGUACAAGGCGACUGGACGUCCAAUCAUGGACGAGACCAGCUGGCAAAGGUGCUGGAGCUUGCAGCUCAAAACUCGGAGUGGGCUCUCGGCCAGGAGGAGGAGGUGCAGGAGAAGAGCGUUGGGCCAGACGAGUGCGUCAUGUUUCGGCAGCUUCGUGAAAGAAAGGGUGGAAUUGGACCAACAGGUGCCAUGGACGAUGAUGAGGACUUCAGUGCCGCUCGUGGUGCCUUCCUGGCGCAGGCAGCGGCCGAUGGUGCGCUGUUUGCAGAGCGCUUGGCCAAGGUGCAGCAGAUGACAGGCCUUGCUGACCCUGUGUAUGUGGAGGCUUUCCUACAGGUGCACUCCUUCGACCUUAUGCUCGAGCUCCUCGUAGUGAACAGAACCAGCGAGACGCUGCAAAACGUUCUCAUCGAGUUGAGCACACAGGGAGACUUGAAGAUUGUGGACAGACCGUCUGCAGUAACACUUGCAGCAGGUCAACAAAUGACGCUCCACGCCUCUAUCAAGGUAGCGUCAACGGAGACUGGCAUUAUUUUUGGCUACGUCACGUUCGAAAAGAAGAGUGCAGCAGACAAGGAAUGCUCUGUCCUGAACGAGCUGCACGUGGAUAUCCUGGACUACAUAGAACGAUCCUGGAUCAACGAGCUAGCCUUCCGGACCAUGUGGUCGGAGUUUGAGUGGGAGAACAAGGUGAACAUCAACACCUCCAUAACAGAGGUGGGGACGUUCCUGGAACACAUCAUGAGAAACACCAACAUGUCUAUCGUCGGUAGAAGCUACAAGAAGGGUGGUGACAGUAAGACUCAGAAGAAGGGCAAGCUUACAGCUGAAGAUGUCCAAGAGAUGCUGCGAGAUGCUGUGGGGAUCAAGAAACUCAUUGACACCUCUAGCUUCGUCGCAGUCAACCUCUAUGCCAAGUCCAUCUUUGGCGAGGAUGCGCUCGCGAACAUCUCCAUCGAGAAGCUUCCAGACGGCAAGCUGACAGGCAGCUGCCGCAUUCGCUCCAGAACGCAGGGCAUCGCUUUGUCCCUGGGCGACCGCAUCACCAUUGUGCAGAGAGGUGUCCAGGCCUUUGCGCUGAUGGAGGAAACGCGGAUGUCGAUACCGGCAGGAGUGCAGAAAAUGACAGCCAGGCUUCGGCAUGAGAUCGCAGCCCGUGCCGCCAGUCAAACUCCAACUUGCACUUUGCCGAAACCAGACCGGCUCUGA